UCUUCUGGUGCUCGUCAAAACAUUGAUCGUUUACUCACUGGCGCCACCCGUGGCAGAGAUCUGGAAGUGCAAUAUUUGAAUGAAUGAAUGAUUUAAAAUGAUUUGAGUCAUUAAUUGUUUCUAUAUAUAUAUGCGCAUUAUUGAUUUUCUUUUUUUCAAAUUAAAACAAAACAAAAACAUGAUACGAUGAAAUACAGACCCUGUUGGUAAUAGUAAAAAAUGUAGAAAUAUAUCAAUUUGACACAAACCAUGUUUCACUUCUUGCCUUUUUCCUUUUUUGUGAGUGACUCUUCCAGCUCUUAUCAGUGCUGUUUCGAUGCUGUGGUUCUUAUGAUUCCAAACAGGGACAGGAGAUAGAAACCAGCAAUAUGUGAAAACCAAUGUUCUCAGUACAACUCAGGAAUACGUCUGGCUUUAAACACGACCAUUUCCAUUACCGUCCUGCAUUAAACUGCUGCUCUUCAUCCUUAUAUUUAUGUCAAAUCUAAACUGAUAUAUGUUUGCUUUAAUUCAUCAUUGUGGAUAACAUUACAUUAAGUCAUAUACAAUUAAAAUUGACGAUGACAUUCAUGUAAUCGCUGUAAAUUAAGUGGUUUGUUUAUGAAGAUUUGGCCCUGAGGCCAAUAACUAAAUGAAAACUACUUUUCCCAUGGUGCACCACGGUGUGCGAGGCGUCGUGUCGCCAGCGAGCUGUCAGUGCUGGGGGGGAGAGAGGAGUUGGUCCAGCAUCUCUGGAGCAACGGAGCGGAGCGAAUGACAGAGAGACACACUCGCCGUCCUCAUCAGCGACAUGAGGAGGAAUUAGCUCACACAAAUGCCCCGACUGGAUUUUUAUAGACUGACACUGCUCGUCUGAUCUGACUUUGUUCCAUCAAUGAGAUAUGUGGAGAGGCUCUACCGCGCGGUGCUAACGCUGAAAAACACAAGAUGAAGAAGCAGUUCAACCGAAUGAGACAGCUCGCCAACCAAACAGUGGGCAGGGCUGAAAAGACAGAAGUAUUAAGUGACGACCUGCUGCAGGUGGAAAAACGUCUGGAGCUGGUCAAGCAGGUCUCCCACAGCACACACAAGAAGUUGACCGCUUGUCUGCAGGGCCAGCAGGGUGUGGAUGUGGACAAGAAGUCUGUCAGGUCGCCCUCGAAAAAGCUCCCCCUCACAACACUAGCACAAUGUAUGGUAGACGGCGCGGCGGUGCUUGGAGACGAGUCUCUACUAGGGAAGAUGCUGAAACUCUGCGGCGAUACGCAGGAAAGUCUCGCUCAGGAGCUCAUCGAGUUCGAGGUCACCAUAGAAAGAGAUGUCAUCGAGCCCCUGUACGAUCUGGCAGAGGUGGAAAUCCCAAACAUCCAGAAACAAAGGAAACAUUUAGCAAAACUGGUCUUGGACAUGGACUCUGCACGCACACGAUUUUAUCAAUCCUCCAAGUCUUCAGGACUGUCCACCAACCUGCAGCCAACAGGAGCCAAGGCCGACCAUCUCAGGGAGGAGAUGGAGGAGGCAGCAAACCGCAUGGAGAUCUGUCGAGAUCAGUUAUCGGCAGACAUGUACAGUUUUGUGGCCAAAGAAAUUGACUAUGCAAGCUAUUUCCAGACACUGAUAGAAGUCCAGGCGGAGUACCACAGGAAGUCAUUAGAGCUGCUUCAGGCUGUUCUGCCCCAGAUCAAAGCUCAUCAGGAGACCUGGGUGGAGAAACCAUGCUAUGGGAAACCAUUAGAGGAGCACUUAGCACUCAGUGGGAGAGAUAUUGCCUUCCCCAUCGAGGCCUGUGUCACGAUGCUGCUGGAGUGCGGCAUGCAGGAAGAGGGUUUAUUCAGAAUCGCUCCCUCAGCCUCCAAACUAAAGAAGCUGAAGGCGUCUUUAGACUGUGGAGUGUUAGAUGUACAAGAGUACUCUGCGGACCCACACGCCAUCGCGGGUGCAUUAAAGUCCUACCUGCGGGAGCUCCCCGAGCCUUUAAUGACAUAUGAACUUUACAACGACUGGAUCCAGGCCUCCAACGUUCAAGAUCAAGACAAGAGACUUCAGGUUCUGCUCGGUGCCUGUGAGAAACUACCUAAAGCCAACAACGACAACUUUAAGUAUUUGAUCAAAUUUCUCUCCAAACUGAGUACUGAGUACCAGGACGUGAACAAGAUGACACCUGGAAACAUUGCCAUAGUCCUUGGACCCAACCUGCUGUGGACACAUAAUGAGGGCAGCGACAUCACCGAGAUGAUGACAACAGUGUCCUUACAGAUCGUCGGCAUCAUCGAGCCCAUCAUCCAACACGCUGACUGGUUUUUCCCUGGAGAAAUCGAGUUCAAUGUCACAGGAAAUUAUGGAAGCCCCGUCCACACCAACCACAACGCCAACUAUAGCUCCAUGCCGUCUCCAGACAUGGAGCAGAUGGAUCGCAGACAGAACGACCACAGCCGACGGCCACUCAGCGUCGCCACAGACAACAUGAUGCUGGAGUUCUAUAAGAAGGAUGGCAUUAGGAAGAUACAAAGCAUGGGUGUCAGGGUGAUGGAUACUUCUUGGGUGUCACGCAGGGGCUCGUCGUCUGCGCGUAAAACCUCUUCCACGCCACCGAGCGUGCACCCCCCUGUCCCACCCACUGACGCUCUCAUCCCCGAGCAGCCUGGGGAAUUCUCCGCCUCCCCCUCCCCCACCCCUCCUCCCACUAGCAGCGACCGAGCCAGCUCAGAUGAUGCAUCCUCCAAUUGGUCGGACUCCUGUUACGCCUACCCCUCCCCUGAGGAGGAGAAGCCACUUCCCCCUUAUCCAUCUUCUUCAUCCUCUUCCUCCUCCUCUUGCUCUUCCUACUCACUCCCUCACCACCAUUUCUUCAACCGAGCACCUCCGGGUAUGCGUCCUGUUGCUCCUAGCCCUGAAUUUGUGCCUCCCGGCCUGUCCCCUCCCCUCCGCUGCUCUGGCUACAGCCCACCCCCACUCACCCACUCUCUUUGCCCUUCCCCUCAGCAGCUUGACGUCAACUCCAACCCCAGCUCCCUGCACCUUCCCAAACAGGCCGCCCUGUCCGAUGCUCUGCAUGCGCCCCUGUCUGAAUCGAAUGGCUCCACCCUUUACAUCAAGCCCCCGCUCGUUCUUACUCGUCACGAUCUGUUCCUAGGCUCCCCCAAACCUCCCAACACCCCACUAUCCGCUCCCCCUCCAUGGGCAGCGUGUGCCUGUAGCCGAGAGAGAGGAGCCAAGCUGACUAGCACUCUGAAGAACAAGGAGCUGUCCCCAGUGAUUGGACAGAAGGGAAUCCAGGGAACAGUGACCUCCGGUGGACAGUCUCAACACUCUGAGCACAGCCCACACUCCCUGAGGAGAGCAAAGAAACUGGCUCCAACCCCACCUAAAGGCCCUUACUGUCAGACUGGAGCCAUGUCUGACCACUCGACAGGUCAGCCGUCUCCAGUCAGCCUGUCGCCCACUCCCCCCAGCACCCCCUCCCCGUACGGAUUCACCUACCCCCAGGGAUACGCCACCAUCGGCUCCCCGGGUCAGGCUCAGACAGCCACCAUGCCUUCCCUCUCCUCUCCACCCUCGCUGGCCGGGACUCUUACCAAGGCCAGGCCAACUCCCAAGCCGCCUCGCCAGCGGCCCAGCUUACCUCCUCCUCAGCCCCCCUCCACCCCUGGCACCAGUCCACAGCCACUGGAGAAUUCACCAGGUCUCCUGGAUGGUUUGUCUUCUGGAGAAAGCAUGUCCACAGAUUCUCUCUGCAACCUGGACAUCCCCGUCAUUAACAUGGAACUGGACGGUAUUUUUGACUUGCCCCACAUCUCCUCCUUCAGGAACUCGACGGCGCUGCUUGAAUUCACCAGAAACAGAGCGGAGUCGGAGGAAGAGUCUGAAAGCACAGUGCUAUGAUGCCACCGAUUCCCACCCCCAACCCCUUUCCACAGACCCACCGGCUGAUGUAAUGAAACACAAUGCUACUGAUGCACUGUGUCACUUAGAAACCCCCCUCAUUGAACUUUUACCUCUCCAGCUGUUUCUCAUCACACCUCACCUGUAAGAAGUAGAAUAAAAAAAAAAGAGAACAACGUGAAUAUAGCUAAAAGAAAUAUCCAUACUCACAAUCACAUGAGGUGUUGGUGACACUGUGGUCCGGGGACUUUUUACUUUGUUUGUUUUAACUUAAGCGUUUGUGUUUGUUUGUUUGUUUGUUUUUCGCCUUAUUUGAUUCACUUGAAACAUUGCCUUUAGUGUCACACACACACACACGAGACAGGAAACAGGCAGCUGGGAGGAAUGAGUGCUCUUCGCUGCUGCCACGUCCGCUUCUCAUGAGAGACUUUUAGACAGAAGAGCAACACGGUACUGUACAUCUGUCCUGCCAAUACCAUAGGCUGUCUUCUUCUUUCUUCCUCCUUCAUUCCUCAGGGGCAUCAGUUGAAAUGUCUUGCUCUGCCAUGCGGUGGCCACAACCCAGAAUUUCUGUUUCACUUGAGCUUGCACUGUGAGUAUGUCAUUUUGUGUGUGUGUGUGUGUGCGUGCGUGUGUGCGCGUGCGUAUGUGUAUUUUGUUAGUGUGUGAUUCAAGUGGUAAAUCUACGAUAUGAUGUCGCACUGCUGGUGUCAUGGAGCAUAAAACAACGCGUGUUUUAGAUACUUAGGAAAACAACCAACAGAUUGCAAAGAGGUUUAAAUGUGCAGUCAUCUCUGUAUUUACACGGCAUCCGAUGAUCACUCACUCACUGAGUAUUUACUGUUUAUACUGGAGUACGUGGCAUCGUUAACAUUAUAAAUCAAGUCAGAUGAUAUUUUGUACCCACAGGAGAGCCAUAAAGAUUACACUUCAUUCAGAUAGAAUAUAAUCAUCACGGCUAUAGGGAGCUAUUAAAUGUAUGAGAUAGAAACAGUUUAUGAAAGGAAGCCUAAAAAAAAUACUUACAUAGUCCCUAUGAUUAAUCACAAUUAUAUUUGGCAGCAAGGAAAGUUACACAGAUUUUGUUCUGUGUCAAACAAGGUUUAAUUUCAUAUUCCAGAAAAGAAAACAGGGACUGGAGCCUGGACUGUGCCACCAGGACUUUUAAAUCAAAUUAGGAGUUUAAAGUGAUCACAAAAUAGUAAAAAUAGUAUUCCUAUUUAAACCUGAAUCGAGUUGUUGUGUUUUUGGCUAUUAAUGUGCAGCCUGAUCUGUAAACCAUCACUUUUACAUACACACAAACACACGUGUUUGCAGACAGUUCCCUCUUUACACAUCCAACACAGUCCAGAAUAAUUUGUAUGUUCACAUAAUUGAUGAAUAGUUUACUGAGGCGAAAGUAUAUACAGGUAUGGGUUGUAAAGCCACACGAGGGAGCUAAAAGACACAUAACGCUUUUUCAAACAUUGAUUAUAGCUGCAUUAAAUGUUAUUAAAUGAGUUUUUUAAUGACCAAAAAUGAAAUUAUUAUCAUUUCAAUAAGUAAAUGUCUAUAAGCACUCUGGUGGCACACUUUAGGCUCAGUGUAGGAGAAUAAUUGCCUGAGCCACAAGAAUUAGUCCCCAUGCCCUGAGGUAUCAUGUCCUCUAACAAUAAAAAAGGACAACUGUUUAGACUUACUCCUCGAAAAACUGUGUUAUUUCUGUCUCAAACUAAGCCCUGCAGCUCCAGUGGUAACAUAAGCACACUUUUCUCUGACAGUGCAGUUUCACUUUCAGCCCCACUGCAGUUUCUAGGAGCCGACGAUGCCGAUAUUUUUGGACUGCACUCGUGAAAACCCGGAGGCAAGGAGUGCAAAUAAUGUAUAUGUGUGUAUAUGUGUGUUUAUUUUGACGAGAGUAUUUAUACGGAUAUAUUUCUGAAUACUUUGUACUGGGGUCUGAGUUCGUUGUGACGUUGUGUGUCUCCACCACACGUGAAUCUGCCCGGAGGAGAGCGUUCAAAACACGGGGACCAGACUUUUCAGACCCUGCUGUCGCAUCAAAACCUUUUCAGGAAGCAUUUUAAAAGGCGACCUGAAAGUAACAAUUAUGAAAUGGAGAAACCAGGUUUGCAUACGACAGCAGCAGCAGCAGGUUGUUGUUUGCCUUGAAGUGUGUUUCGUUUUGUGACUAUCGUCCGGAGAACAUCCACCGUCCUCUUUGUUUUGAAACUGUUAUAAUGUUGUAAAUACUCAACCUCUGUACAUACAGUACAUGUUCUGUACAUACUGAAAGGGGGAAAUUUAAAUAUACAUAUAUAUAUAUAUACAGAGAGAGAAAGAGAGACCUAGAUAUAUACAAAUGCUGUAUUAAAAACUGUAGUUGAAUACAGAACAGUAUAACAUACUGUACAUAUAAUAUAUUGUUGCUGAUUAUAGCACAGUCAUGCCACAUAAAUAACACUCAAUAACAAUAGAAUACGCACAGUAACACACUUGUUUUUUUUUUUUUACAGUAGAUCUCAUGGCACUGACGUAAGCUCCAGGUUAAAUCUAGUUUGUAGAUUUUCAAAAUAAAACAGCCGACAGUGGCUGUGCUGCAGACGGACAUCGUUAUGUGUCUCCAUCGUGUUUGACAUGACAGCUGGCUAUAACACACUGAUGUCCGUCGUAUAAAAUACUUUAUGUGCAUACAAAAAAGGUUUUAAAAGCUUUUUUUUUUGUUGCAUUUUCUGCAAUUUAAAGCAGCUGUUACUGAUUUUUCCAACAUUUUCUGUUACAUAGGACAGAGAAAAGAAGUCAAUCUGCACAGAACUGGAGCUGUUUCAGCUACUCCACUCCGCUCAACUAUAGUUCACAUUAGUACAGCUUACAAUUAGUAUCAAUACCAGUUUCAUUUUAAUAUUUAAUUAAAAGACUACAUGCAAACCUCAAAUGAUUUUUAAUAAGUUAUUCUGUUUAGUUUUUUUUUUUGGCUGUGCUGAGGUGAACGGUCUGUCCUGUCUUUGUCUGGAACACUUUGCUGCUCUUUUGUUUUUUAUUCUAAAAGCGCGUCCUCCGAUCAAGGCUUGUACAUACAUACAGUAAUCAAGAACGACUUUAUUAGCAGUGUCCCAGUGUUAUCGCUUCUUUGAGGCACUAAACGAUGAAGGUCCCUGCUUUUUUGAAAAAAAUAAAAUAGUGUGUAUGUGCCGGUGACUGUGCCGGUGAUAGACGAUGGGUUCACCUCAUAGGUCGUGAUGCAGGCAGGUUGUGUGUCUUGUGGACAUAGUUUCAGGUAAAAAGGGGUUAGAGAGAGGUAUUUGAAGUGUCUAAUUGUAGUGGGAGGAAAAAGUCUUUGGAUUGACAUUGUCCUGUGUGAAAUUCAGCAGCAUGCUUUUUUAAAUCAUGCAUAUGAAACGACAUCUCAUCUUUGGUCCUAUCUAAAUGUGGUUGUAUUUAUUUUUUUUAUAGAAGUAAAUUGAUCGACACUUGCUAAUCAAACUCCCCGCUGAUUGUGUGUUUGGAUCGCUUGUGAUUUGUUUAUUUUUCUCAUCUUAUUUGUUUCACUCCUUUUUAGUCAGAUUUAAAACAGGGACCUCAGUCAAGAGGUCCAGAAACCACCAUGUCAUGAUGGAACAUGUUUGUGCCCAGAGCCAUGUGUUCUCAGAUGACUUAUGUCUGCUAUGAACCAUACAGAUUACACUGUUGUGCAUGCAGCCACUACAAGUACCAUCCCCGUUAUUAUCUUUUUAUUUUAACUUCAAUUUCAAGUAACGGGGGCCAACAUUUAAAAAAGGGAACACAUAAGUGAUCAAGGAAUCUUUUAAAAAAAAAAAACCUCAAAGGUUCUUUGUGUCAAAUUGUAAUGAAGCUGUGUGUGAAAAGGGAAUGUCUUUUUUUGGACACGCUGUCUCUCCGUCACUAAGUGGAACAAAGUGUAAGAUAAAAGGGGAAAAAAAAGACAGAAUCCUCAUCCAAAUGUUGAAACUAUUAAAAAUGUUUUUAUAUUA